AAUAACUUUCCCUCAUACGCACGUGUAUGAAAACAUCAAGGCAAGACACUCGGGAGGACUGGUAUCGAAUAGCGCCAGUCCCACUCUGUGUUUUACAUCAUGGCGGAAACGGCGGAUGAUUCGAACGACACUGCACGCGAAAAAGUAGUUUCUAAAGGGCUAGCGAAAAGGAAAUACCUGCUUGAAGAUAAAGAUUUGGAAGGAUUAGAGUUUAAAUUGAAGGAUAACCCCGUCAACAAAAGUUAUGCUCCCAUGAAAAUAUUUAAACUGUCAGAAGUAGAGUCGGUCGCUAUUUCGAAAUGGGAAAGCAUGGAAAAGCUGGAAGCUGAGCUGGAAAAAAGAAGGCAACAGGGUUCGAAGUUAGCGGAAAGAAAAGAGGAAGAAAAGAGACAUUUUUGGAAUAGCGAGGAGUUAUAUGAACCACUUAAACCAUUCAUGGAGAAUAUAGAGCUGCCAUCAGAAAGGGUGUCAUCAUAUUUUAAAGAUAAACGAGAUAGAAAACAAGCCAAUGAAAGUAUUGACAGUCUCCUCGAGUGUGAUGUGAUCCUGUGUUUUUGUGACUGUCUGCAUAGCAUCCCACCUGAUUCUGUGGCUCGUCAACUAUUAAAAAACUUUCCAGAAGCUAGACAAGUUGACAGAAAGACACCUUACAAUGAAAGACGGAAAAUGGGGCAUUUUUCUUGGACCUCUAGUGCAUCGUCUGAAAAAACAAUUGUCAAUUUAUAUGUAGUACAUAAGUGGAAGGGUGUAUCUCGAAGACAAGAAUCUUCAUCGAUGAUAAGUUUUGACGCUCUUGCUAUCUGUCUUAAAAGGCUCUCGGCUUUAAUCUCCAAGACAGUCCACACUGACGGCCGGCCGGGUAACAGUUUAAACAUUGGAACUUACUUGCCGUACAGAGUGGACUCUGAAAUGUUCAAACGAACUUUAGAGGAAACUAUGGAAUAUCCUGUGAAGGUGUAUACCAUCACGAACAAAGACUCGUCCUCAAAAUGAUCAGCUGUCGAAGGAACUCUGAUAAAACAAGGCGUCAUAAAAUGAAGAGAAGGAACAGUAUCAAAAGUGAAAAAAAUUAUACCAUACAGUAUAUGAUGUCUGCGAAUGGUUAUUAUGAAAGGUUUACGCAGCGUGUUAUCUCGCAUGAUAGAUUACUGUGCGCGCUGAAGCAUACAAUUAAGGCAGCGUUAAUAUUGUUGUUAAAAAUAUAAUAACAGUAUUCAGAACAGCAAAAUGAUACCAGACUUUUAAGUAGUGGCAGUUAAUAUUUUUACCUAAUCAAAAAGUAAAAGAGAAGAGUUAACAGUAGUUUAAAAUCAAUGAAAUUGAAAGACUUGGUUUUGGCGCUCGUUUGUUGGUUUUUCCGAUGAACAGUCGGACAAGUCUUAUUUAAUGUUCAAUUUUUUCUUUGUGUUUGGUUUUUCCCUUUUUCAUAUUUGUCACCUAAAGUGAUUAGCGCACCCAUUCUAGACUAGCGAAUUAAUAAGUAUGAGCAAAGGGGUAAGUUUAUAAAGCUCCGGUGGGGGAGGGGGGGUUUUCUAAAACUGAGGUUUGGAGCGUCAGUCCAUUUUUUGCUUCACAAACUCUCUACGUUGGUCAAUUUAUUGAGUCUGAAUUCAUCUUGACCAGCGCUUGCGAAGAUAAAUUGUCUGAUAGUUAAACAUGUAACGUGUAAUACAUAUAUCUUAUUGUGUAGUAUGGCUGAGUAUUUUUACGAGUUGUGCCGUAUUUUGCCGAAGGAC